CAAACUAAUGGGUUAGAUUUUCAGAGGUUGGUGACUAUCCCCUACAACCGGUUUUCUAAUACGAAGUAUGCUUGAGAUUCAUUUCGCAGUGUUGUAACAUGUUGAUUUUUGAAUCUUCUACUCCUCUUUCUUUUGGGAGACUAGUUUAGAACAUGACUUCAGAUUCCGAAUUUGGUGAGAAGACAAAGGGAGGCAAAGCUGCUUCAGUCUUCGCGGACGAACUAAGCAAAAGAAGAUUAUACCUUCUCAUGUAUCACAUCAAACUGCCAUCUGCUAAAUUUAAACAGUACUUAUCGUUGGCGUAGGCACGAAGCAAGUCGGGGCGCGUCUUGCGCAAACACCGGCUGCUCAUGGACCAAACCUUCUCGUCCUUACCGGACGGUUCACAAAUGAUGUCGAGUCUGUCACGGAGCUCAUCAGGAAAACAUAUCCGAAUGUGCAUAUUCGAAUUAUUAAGCUUGAUGUGGCAUCAUUUGAGUCUGUCUGGUCCCCUGUCGUCGAGGUUGAUUCAUACACAGAACAAAAUAUUGAUAUUCUGAUCGGCGUUGAUGGUUUUGGGGUGCAUUUGGCCACCAGCUACCUCGGGAGUUUUUUACUUACCAUCCUCAUAACGGAUAAGUAGUUAACACCCGAGUUGGGAGCUCGUAUGGUGAAUAUGAGUGGUAAUGGUUACAUACUCUCUCACUUCCUUUUAACGGGCUACACUGCCGAGGAAGAUUCUAUCGGAGGAAUAAAAUCCCCGAAAGUACUUUGCGAAGCAUAUGGGCUCCCUUGAGGUCUCGGUUCCUUUCCGACAGUUAUACAUAUGGACAGACUCAAACUGCUAUGAUCCUGUAUACUCUGCACAAGUGUCUAAGAGAAGAAUUACACAUCUCUGUGCUCAUCCUGGAGGUCGGGUUCUCUUCCUAUAUUGAACCUCUACGUGUCGAAUAUUUCUAUAGCGAUUGAAACUAGUUUCUGGAGACACAUACCGGAGAAAGUUACCAACAAUCUUCCGCUAUGAUGCUCAUGAAAACACCAAGUGAAGGUAUCAGCACAACCUGUUCAGCGCACAGUACCUUAAGCUUUCGGGCGAAUCGUCUUUCAUUUCAAAUAUUUGGAUGGUUGAGAAACCAUUAGCCUACGAUUCGUGCACCACUAUCCUUGAAUGCCUAUCUCGAAAAUUGCCGGGUUCAGCCUCUUUUUGAGUACGCUACCUCCUGAUGGGGUAAAAGCAGAAACUUUUGAAAGUUCAUAGGAAAAUUGGUUGGGCAGAGCUCUUCAUCUUAAAAAAUCCUGCUUGAUUCACUAUCGAAAGAUAUUAUUGGCUUUUGACUUACAUUAAGUUAAACAAGUUAAUAUCCUCGGCGAUGAGUAGGCCAGGUCAAUUACCGACAGCUAGGGAUGGGGCCUUCGUGUAAAACAGAGCUAAAUUACAAUAAAGC